CAGGCCGGAGUGCAGGCAUGCAGGCGAGCUCGACGCUACUGCCUGCUGUCGCGGCGACCGCGCUCGCCGUCGGCUACCUUCUCGGCCGGCACAGGAAACGGACCGCAGGGCUCGGCGACUUUUCCAAGCGCAGGUUUGGCGCCUGGUCUGUCCGAGCUGCAACCUCGGCGGACAUAGCAGCCGUGCACGCGCUCGUCCGCGAGCUUGCGGCUUUCGAGAAGCAGCCGGACGCCGUGCUGCUCUCGGUCGAGGAGAUGCAGGCCCACCUCGAGGCAGGCGCCUUCGAGUGCCUCAUCCUCGAGCCUGCGAGCAAGGCCUUCCUCCAGCCCAACACGCCGCCCUCCGGCUACGCGAUCGCCUUUCCGACGUACAGCACGUGGGAGGGGCCGUGCAUGUACCUGGAGGACCUGUACGUCGCGCCCGCCGCCCGCGGCCAGGGCGGCGGUCAGGCGCUGCUGCGUGCUAUCGCGGCCCUCGCGGCCAAGCACGGCUCUGCGCGGCUCCAGUGGCAGGCGCUGGACUGGAACACGAAGGCAGUAGAGUUCUACCAGUCCGAGAACGUCGGUGCGCGCGAGCGGGUCGAGCCGGACGGCGCCAAAUGGCUCAACUUUAUCCUGACGCGUGACCAGGUGCGCAAGCUUGGCGGGGUCUCAUCGCGCGCCCUGUGAGCACCAAGCGCGAUCCGUGGCAUGUAAGAGUUGGGCGCCCAGGCCCAGACGUCGCCGGCUUUCCGCGCCGGGGCUGUGACUUGUGCAUGCUUGUCGGCGGAGCACUGACUGGUCCCGGGGUGGGGGAGCAACAGCCGCCUUAGGAGAGCGGCCCGGCCGCCAGGACAUCUCAGGUUCGCCGUGUUUAUUUUUAUUUUACAACGAGUUGUUUCAACUGC